AUGCGGUCUUUAUCACCAGCUCUCGCAUCACUUGCGAAUGUAUUCAAGAUUCCCAUGUCAAUGGCGCCGGUCCGCCCAUCCAUCUCCCGGGCAUGCCACGAGACCCUGAACCGCCAAACACAACAGCCCGGACCCGUCACCGCAGCUCUGCAGUCAGCACCCUUCUCGACCACAAGUGCAUUGGCGAAGAGAAAGAAUGGCCCCACCGUCGACAAGCGCAUUACUCUCAUCCGCUACUUCCUUCACCACCCUCUCACUCCCCGUCCUCUCCGUUUCUCUCGUAACCGUUACCUUCGUCACUGGACCAUCCACCGCGCCUGGCAAUUGUUCAAGGCCCAGCAGCGCCGUCAGCAAGAACUCGAGAUGAUGCGCCAGUACCAGAGUAUGCAUGAGGCUUGUGAGGAGCUUCGAACCGGCGCUGGAGAUGGAGGCAAGCUUUUCCGUGUCUCGAUGAACAAGAAGGGCAUCUUCACCGAUAUGUUCCCUAUCGAGUAUGGCCGUAUGCAGACCGAGUCUCCCCCCGCUGAUGGGUGGAACCACGACUGGAAGAGGCCAACCAAGAAAUAG